AUGUCUAAGGUACUUUCUAAGGCUGCUAACAUUAGCAGAAGAAAGUCGAUGCGUAGCACUCAUUCAAGCUCGUCGACUAAUUCGUUGUCAACGCUUGGGCAUCAAGGUGCCUCAAGCCUACCAUUAGCAAGGAGUGGAAGCUCGCGCAGAAGUUCACUCACCAUUUCUCCAAAACACUCUGAUGAGGAUGACAGACGUAUCAAGUCGUACAUGAAGCAAUAUAAAAAGUUGGAGGUGGCUCUCACAAAAUUUAACUCUAAAGCAAAUGGCAUUAGAAACACCAACAUUCUCCGUACCACUAUACUUGUAUUCUUGAGGCAGAACAAAUCUCUAAGUGAAAACUUCUGCAUAAGCUCGAAGAUUUAUAGGAGUUUACUGAGCGUGUUGUUAUCAAUCUUAAUAAAGUGGUGGAGUUCUUUAUUAUCUGCUUUGAAUCAGUCUCUGCCUCAAAUUUCCUCCACAAAUAGAAAUGCUUACUUAGAAUGUAUAUCGAGGAUAAUUGCUAGAGAGGAAUGGUUUAAGGUCGAUAAUGAUUUACUCGAACCAUACAAGAGCUUGUUGAUAUCUACAAUGGAUUAUUGCGUCGUUAAACUUCAAACUUUGAAAUUUAUUCCAUUAGCAAUGUCUGCGUUUGUGGGUAAGGUUUUUGCUUAUUCUUACUUUAUUUUGCCACAAGUGAGCAAUGCGUUGUUAUUUCUACUUAACGUUAAACAGUCAGUAUUGGAAUCAAACAUGAAAAGUUUGCUGGCCCCUAAUGCAUCAAAAGAGAGUGUCGAGUUCUUGGCCUCAAUAUUUCCUAAGCAUCUUCAUCAUUUUAUUAAUUUUAACGGUAUUUCGAAGCUACCGAAAAGACAGAAGUUACAUAUUAAUUGCGUCCCACCACCUCAGCACCCAGUGAAAGGAAUCAAAGACCCCAAUGGUGCAUGGGUUAGACGCUGGUGUUGUAGCGAUAGCGACAUUUUCAAUUCCUUUUUUAGGCAUUAUAUUACGAUUUUACAACAUCUUUUUGGUAAUUCAACUGUGGAAUCUGAUGUCUUACUCCAAUGCCCAGGUUUCUCCGUCAUUUUAAGUCAUAUAUAUCAAGUAUUUGGAGUAUCAUUCAAUCGAAUCUCACUGAAUUUAGCAAACAAGCCCACGGGUGAAAUUUCUGGGCCUGCCAUUCAACAAGAUGAUUCACGUGGAAAACCGGUCUUUGUUUCCCAAUCCACAAGCCCUUUACAACAAAUUGCCGGGAGCAAUACUAAUAGAGCACAAAAUACCCAACAGAAUGAUGUGUAUUAUAAUUCAAUUAUAAAGAUAUUCAAGAUAUUAAGAGACAUUAAUUUUUCGCCCAACAUUUUGUUUGGAGGAAGUGUUAUUGCUCUAGUUGACAAUUUACUCAUUAAUAUAUCAAAGGAAAUUAGCAUUUAUGAUUACAGCAAGAAUAGUUUAAUUUUAAACAUAGUUUAUGAAUUUAUUAAUCAUGUUGACUCUAAUAUUAACUGGGAAUUUUGGUUGAGUUGCACAUAUAUGAUGAUAAGUAAAACAGAUCAUAUUCAAAUUUUGUUGAAGAACUUCGCAUUUUUGUUUAACAUUUGGAAUAUGAUUCCAGAGACAUUUUCGAUAUCUAAUAAUGAGGGUUCUCAUUUGACUUGGUUUGCUGAUGUUAAUUUGACUUAUAAGAUGAAUUUGACUAACUGGUUGAUUUCUAAUGAAACUUUUGAAAGGUUCAUGACUCAUUGGAAUCCCAUUGUAAGAUCUUAUUACUUGAGAUUAUUGGUCUGGAGGAUGGUUGGAAUUAAUAAUUUUGAAUCUUCUUCUUCAAUGAUGAUUACUAGACGUAUCGAGACUAAGAUUUCUCUGUCACAUAUGAAAUUGGCAGAAUAUGCCUCCCGGUCUAAAUUGAGAUGCCAUCCAGAAAGCCCUAUGGCAAAUCGAAAAUUUGGAAUCCUCCCGGUGAAUACGAAAGAUGAUUACAUGUUAAUGAAUAGUGACCAAGACUUAUCUACAUCUGUUCCUGCGACCCUCAAAUUCAGUGAAUUGAGAAAAACUCAUCCGUUCGAAGUAUUUGAUGAAGCCAUUUACACUUGUUCCUCAUUACCUGCUGUUUCAGAUGACACGGCUAACUCUAAGUCGACAGGCUCGUCAUCACUGAGUCACUCUCUAGUUGAUUCUAUUGGAAAAAUCUUCAAGAUAAUUUCAACAGAAAACAACAAGGCUGUUUCAGAGAAAGCUCCUACUGUCAGGAGAUCGUCUCACUCGAUGACUUCGCUUUCAACUACUUAUUCCACUAAAUCAAGAAGCUCAAGUCCAAGUAUUAUGUCGUUCAACUCAACUCCAACAUCUUUUACUGAAUUCUCGAACACUUCAUCUUCAGAGUCUGAUUCGUCAACUGAGACAGAAGUAAACCAACCUCCUGAAUUAUUUAGAAUGCCUCCAAAACCAAUCAGGCCAAUUUAUAAAUUUGAUGUUUUGAUUGAUAAUGAAGUCCUAUACAACAAGUAUGCAAUUACGAAUAAUAGCCAUGUUAGGGCAUUCCACAACAGUAACUAUAGCAGGCAGGUUUGUGAAAAUUUGAAGACUAACGAUUCAAUCAACGGUAUCCCGAAGAAACCUUCAAUUCCUUCAAUAUCCAUCUUCAUCAAUAAUGACUCUUUUAAUAAGCUCUACAUCAGCUGCGAAGAGUGUGAAGUUGAAUAUGGAGAGUCUGACGUUGAAUAUCUAGAUUAUGAUCAGAGCGUUUUCAAAGAUUAUGGAAGCCUUAAUACUGUAAAGUGGAUGAAUAUUGGAAAAUCACUAUAUGAAUUAAACUCCAUCAUCGAAGAAUAUAAAACUUAUCUUCGAAGAAGAAUCGAUCUUGACAAGCUUGACAUUGAAUCAAAUUCUCUAGAGGAUUUCAAUGAGUUCAAUUAUUUUAAGAAAAUUGUUCCAUUCUUGACUGCUGAUAAUUUUAACGAAGCAAAGUUUUUGAACGCUGGUUAG